GUAAAAACAAAUAAAAUGUAUUUGGAACUGUGUGCAAAAAAUGAACAAAAAUAUAUUCACGGCAAUUCACGCGCCUCGCCCCGGGCGCCCCUCCGGCCCCGGGAGCUUACUGCACGGGCGAACGGGAAAUGAUGACGUCACGCGCCAACUUACGGACCCCAUAGCAGCCAAAGGGCUACGGGAAACUCAGGAAGUGCUUAGUCAGUGCACCUUCGACUUUCCGGAGGCAGAGAGUGCAUGGGGCAGGCUCUUUUCUGUGAGGGAGAAUGUGUCCGUAUGCAACCUAAUCAACAACUCGUACACAUUUGGUAGAGGUGAAGCAGACUAUCGUUUCUGCAAAGACAACUUUGGCAGUUCUUUCCUUCCUGCUAUCUCUAAGAAGCACUUCAGGGUGUUCCGAGAAUGGAAGUCAAAAUCAGAAGCCGUGGUGAUACUUGAGGAUCUUUCAUGUAACGGAACCUUUGUCAACAAACAACAAGUUGGCAAAGGAAAUAAGAUAGUUUUGCAAAGCAAUGAUGAGAUUGCUCUAGCACAUGCUAACAAAAAAGUAUUUGUUUUUCACGACUGUUUACAAAAUGAUGCUCAAAGCUAUCCAGAGGAACUAACACAGAUGUACACCAUGACAAAGAAAUUAGGAGAAGGUAACUUUGGUGAAGUCAGACUGGCUUAUAAGCAGGGUUCAUUAGAGAGAUGUGCAGUCAAAAUUCUUAAGAAGAGAGGAAGCCAACUGCUUUUAAAUAACAUACAGCAGAUUAAGAAUGAGAUACAACUUCUACAAUCAGUUGAUCAUCCGUGUAUCAUCAGAUUACAAGAUGUAAUUGAAACGCCAGCAAUGAUGUAUAUUAUCAUGGAGCUGGCAGAAGGUGGAGAACUGUUUGACCGACUAACUACCACUGGCCGUCUACCCGAGGCAACUGCUAAAUUCUACUUUUUUCAACUUGCUCUUGCUGUUCAGUAUCUACACGCCAAAAACAUUACACACAGAGAUAUUAAGCCAGAAAACAUUUUGUUGGCUACAGAUGAGGAAAACACUCGUAUAAAACUGACAGACUUUGGCUUGUCCAAACUUGCUGCUGAUGCAUCACAGAUGACAACUUUCUGUGGGACGCCAACAUACAUUGCCCCAGAACUGUUACAGUUUGGGGGCCUGUCCUACAACAAUAAAGUGGAUUUAUGGAGUUUAGGAGUUGUGUUGUUUGUAAGCUUGGCAGGCUAUCCUCCCUUCUAUAGUGACAAUGAAGGACAGUUGCGCUACAAGAUAAAGAAUGCUGUGUAUAAUUUUUCGCAUAGGCUCUGGAAAGAAAUUUCGGAUGAAGCAAAAGAUCUAAUCACUAGACUCUUGAUUAGUGACCCAUCACAGAGGCUGGACAUUGAACAAACUUUGAAACAUCCCUGGCUGCAGGAUGAUGAAAUGCAAAGAAGAGCUCUAAGAUUUGUUCAGGAAGACCAAAAAUCUCCUAAGAAAAGAAUAUUAGAAGAAACUGAAUGUGAUAAAAUGGCGCUGCCUGAUGCCAAAACCCCACGAAUUCAAAUGGGGAUUGGAGACAGGUAGCCUGAGCUGCUGAUAUUGAAAAAGUCUGGUUUAAAUUGAACAAAAAUGUUGUUCCUAACUUAUUUAAGAUCAUUGAAGAACCAAAGAAUUUUUGCAUUCCUUGAAGAUUACUCUCAAUUUAAAAAUUGAUCUUUUUAAUAACUAAAUAUGGAUAAAAAGUAUGUUUUUUACAAAAGACACAUACUUUACUAAAAUGUCAUUUAAAUGUAUUUUACAAUUUACAUUAUUUAAAUAGCAUAGCAAGCAUUCAUACUGAUAAAGAAAAUGUUAACUCUGAUUAUUCUCUAUUAAAAUACAGUAGAACUGUAUUAUUUUACUUAAUAGGAAAUAUAAUUUGGGUGUACACAUUAUAAUGACAGAUGUGCGUGGAGCAAUUGUCUUGGCACUGCAAUGUGUUGUGCAUGAAGUAGAAACUGCUUGGUCAGUAUUGCAUGUACAGAAAAUUCUUGAAAGCACAUAAAUGUCCUGUAUGCUUGUAAAAUGUGUGAGAGUAGAGAAUAGAUGGUUGAAUCACCAUCUGUAUAGGUGCUACUAGAAUAAUUUUUAUUUUGUUUAAAAGUGAAGACCAAAAUUUACAGUAGAUUCCUAGGUCUGUUAAAAAAACAGGUUUGUUACUUAAGUAACCAAAAUACUGCACUUUGUAAAUGUGUUCAGUACAUGUACUUCAGAUUAUUUGAACUUAAUCUUUUUUUGUGUAGUAAAAGUUUAAUAAACUUUU